AUGGGCAAUCCCAGUAGCGGCUGCGCCCGCAGGGGCACUCCCAGGGGUGGUGGCUUCCCCAAGGACCCUUUCAGAGGCGGCAGCGCCCCUAGGGGCCCUAAAAGGGGCGGCAGGGCCCCUAGGGGGCCCUCCCAAGGAUGGCGCCCCCAGGGGCCCUUCCAGGGUCGGUGGCUCCCCCACGAGCGCUCUCUGGGGCGGUUGGCGCCCCCAGGGGCCAUCUCUGGAGAUGCGGCACACCCAGGGGCCCUGCUAGGGGCAGAGGCACACCAAAGGGCCCUCCCAGGGGCACCUGGGGCUAUUGAUUUCGAAUAUAAGUGGACUUCCAAAAACACUGGCACUCCCCGGGACACACUGGCACUCCCCGGGACACACUGGCACUCUCCGGGACAUACUGGUACUCCCCGGGACACACUGGCACUCCGGGACACACUGGCACUCCCCGGGACACACUGGCACACUCUCCGGGACACACUGGCACUCUCCGGGACACACUGGCCUGGGACAUACUCCCGGGACACACUGGCACUCUCCCUGGGACACACUGGCACUCCCGGGACACACUGGCACUCUCCGGGACACACUGGCACUCCCCGGGACACACUGGCACUCUCCGGGACACACUGGCACUCUGGGACAUACUGGUACUCCCGGGACACACUGGUACUCCCGGGACUCUCCGGGACACUGGCACCCCCUGACACACUGGCACUCCCCGGGACACUUCUCCCAGGACAUACUGGGUACGGGACACACACUGGCACUCCCUCUGGCACUCCGGGACACACUGGUACUCCCGGGACACUCUGGUACUCCCCAGGACACUCUGGCACUGGCACUGGCACUCUGGGGCACUCAGGACACACUGGCACUCCCAGGACACUCUGGCACUCCCACACUGGUACUCCCGGGACACUCUGGCACAUGCCAGGACACACUGGUCACUCCCGGGACACACUGGCCUCAGGACACACUGGCUCCCGGACAUACUCCGGGACACCACUGGUGACUCCCCGGGACACACUGGCACUCCGGGACACACUGGCCUCCCAGGACACUCCUGGGACUCCCCGGGACACUGGCACUCGGGACACACUGGUACUCCCCGGGACACACUGGCACUCCUGGGACACAUUGGCACUCCCGGGACACUCACUGGCACUCCCUGGGACACACUGGGACACACUGGACACACUGGUACACACUGGCACCCGGGACACACUGGCACUCCCUCUGGCAUACCCAGGCACCUGGCACUCCCUGGGACUCUGGCACUCCGGGACACCACUCCAGGGACUCUGGCAUACACACACUGGCACUCCUGGGACUCCCUCUGGCGCCACCCCGGGACACACUGGCACUCCCCGGGACACACUGGCACACUCUGGCACCUGGACACACUGGCACUCCCCACUCUGGCAUACCCGGGACACACUGGCCUCCCCACACUGGCACCCCUGGACACUCUGGCACCUGACACACUCUGGUACUCCUGGCACUUGGCACUGGGACACACCAGACCUCGGACACACUGGCAGCACCCCUGGGACACACUGGCACUCCCUGGACACUUGGCACUCCUGGGACCACUGGUACUCCUGGGACACACUGGCACUCCCGGGACACUCUGGCAUACCCUGGGACACACUGGCACUCCUGGGACUCUGGCACUCCGGGACACAUUGGCACUCCCCUGGGACUCUGGCACUCCCUGACUCUGGCAUACUCCUGGGACACACUGGCAUACCCAGGACACUGGCACUCCUGGGACUCACUGGCACUCCGGGGACAUUGGCACUCCCGGGACACUCCGGCAUACCCCGGGACACACUGGCUCCCUGGGACUCUGGCACUCCCCGGGACACUCUGGCAUACCCUGGGACACACUGGUACUCCCGGGCACCUGGGACACUGGUACUCCCCUGGGACACACUGGCACUCCCGGGGACACUCUGGCAUACCCCGGACACACUGGCACUCCUGGGACUCUGGCACUCAUUGGCACACAUUGGCAUACCCUCCCACCCUGGGACACUCUGGCAUACCCUGGGUAUACCCUGGGACACACUGGCACUCCCUGGGACUCUGGCACUCCACUCUGGGACACAUUGGCACUCCCUGGACACUCUUGGCAUACCCUGA